AUGGAGCGUAAGCAUCCACCGCUUCGUCGUGUCACACGCGGUAUACCGGCCAGUAUCUCCGUAGGUGAAAACGUCCGAGCAGCACAAGGAGCCGAAUUUAACAGACGGAUAGAAUUGAACGAGGAGGACAGCUGCUACAGUUCAUGCUCAGAAGAAUCACAUCCAUCUUUGUCCAGAGAGAGCUCAGAAACCGUAGGCUCUGAAUUUGGGCUCGGCCGCUUAAAAAUAGAAGAGAACAACUCAAAACCUCCCACCACAUUCACCGCUCCUGCUCAUCUCGUAGAGUUCGCAAGAAAUCUCGGCUACUCUGAAGAACGUCUGAUUGCAGUGUUGAAGAGAGUCGGAUGUGAUGCUGGCCAGGACCGAAUUCUGGCAGAACUCGUUCAGAUGGGUAGAGGUUGCUCGGAACAGAAUGAAGGAAGCACCGCUUUCAUAACGACUCCAUCCUCUUCGUUGAGACCGAUCGUUAUUGAUGGUUCAAAUAUCGCUAUGACCCAUGGACGGAAAGAAGUGUUUUCUUGUGCUGGAAUUCGAGAUUGUGUACGAUUCUUCACGGAUAGAGGCCAUGACGAUGUACUUGUCUUUAUUCCACAAUUCAGACGUGAAACGGCUCGAGCCGAUUGUCCAAUCACAGAUCAGCACCUGUUGAAUGAACUCGAUGCGGCGAGGCGAAUCGUUUGGACUCCGUCGAGACGAAUUAACGGCCGCCGAAUCGUAUGUCACGACGAUCUGUACAUCUUACGAACUGCAGAAGAAAAAGACGCAGUGAUAGUAUCAAAUGAUGGCUACAGAGAUCUUCUCCGAGAACACCCACAGUACCGGCGAAUAGUAGAGCAGCGCCUUCUUAUGUACAGUUUCGUCGAUGGCAAAUUCAUGCCACCUGAGGAUCCACUCGGACGAUACGGUCCUCGUCUACAGCAAUUCCUAUCGAUUAGUUCUACACCUUCAACUACACUGCUCUGCCCAUACGCUAGAAAAUGUACUUACGGAAGCAAAUGCAAAUAUUACCAUCCAGAACGCCCUAAUGGAAUCCAUCUAAGCGUCACAGACCGUCUGAUGCGAGAGAAAGGUCAGAAAAGGAGUCUGGCCACACGUUCUUCCGUACAAUUAGACGCUCCAAAGAUGGAUCAUCGUGGCGUGGGACGGACACGUUCGUUGAAUAUUGAUCAAAAAACCUCGGUAGUUCACGACAGUGGACUUUCUUCUCCACGAGAAUUCUCUUACGUGACACAAGCGCCUUGGCAUAAUACUGUGGGUAGGAUAGCCUCAGCUCCUCUGUCCUAUACGAAAAAAGAACCCGAAAGUGGGACUCUAUUCACGCCAUCUACAGCUGUUUGGGGACGUAGUGAAUUGAGCGUCGGACCGCUAACAACAAAGGAAGCUCCCCCGGAUCGAACUCAACUACAGUACCAUCUCAGUAAAAUUUUCCCCGAAUCGUUGGUGAUCUCGGUCAUGUUAGCACAUCCAUACGAGACCAAUUCACAAGUAUUGUGCCAACGAAUUCUCGAUCUUCAGAAAGAGUUCACCGGUGGUUGA